AUGAAGCAGACCCUCGCAGCGAUUCUGGCGGCCUCGGCCCACGGCAUCGUCAUCCAUGCCCCAUCAGGAUCCAACUUCGACUUCGGGAACCCCAAGUGCCCGUGCGUCGGGGUCCUGGGCAUGGAGGGCACCACCGAGGUGAAGAUCUCCUCGAACGCGACGGCAGACUACCCCGCCGACUUCGGCGCGCGCUGCGCUGCUUGGGACAACAAGCGCAACAAGGCCUUCUGCAUGCCCGGGCAGAAGCCAGGUGCCGACAACGGCUGGUGCGCCGAGCCCUUCUGCUACGUGGACCCCUGCAACUGCGACCUCGAUGUGCCCCCUACGAAGUCGGGAAGCUACUUGCCCAAUGCCAGCUACCAGGGCAAGGGCAUCUGGUAUUCCUACGUGACUUGCGGAGGCAAGGACUACUGGCUGGACGCGGAGACCAAGAAGAAGAACCAGGAGGCCAACGGAGUGUGCGAGAAGAAGCCGGAUGAGAAGAAGUGGGGCAAGGCGAGCUGCCGCUGCGUUGGCUACGAGGGCGCCCCAGGAACUGUCAACAUCACCCUGAACAAGAAGGAGGUCCAGUAUCCUACGGACACGGGCGCCACCUGUGAGUCCUGGGACGCCAAGACCCACCCUGAUUGCACCGGUGACAAGCCUGCCGACUGGUGCAAGCAAGCCUGGUGCUACGUCGACCCGUGCGAAUGCGAUUUGGACCCCGAUGUGCAGUUGGGGCUGUCAGACUUAGAAGCCGUGAAUGGUCGGCCCUAG